AGUUAUCACACACAUACACAUGUAGAGCCUGCUCGCAGAAACCCUAGCAAAGCACGCCUCGGCAAGGUCGCAUGGAGGAUCCACGCCGGCGCUCCGCGGCGGGCAGGCAGCUGCGCGGCCUCCUCGCCCUGGCCGGCGACUACCUCAAGUACCUCUUCAUGAAGCGGCGCCGGCUCAUGCACAGGGUGGCGCGGAGGACGCUGGCGCUCGUCCACCGCCACCACGGCGGGCGCGGCAAGGGCCACGGGCCGUGGCCCGCUCGCGCGCUCAUGGAGCACGAGUUCUCGUGCGCCGACAGCCCCAGCCCUGCGUUCCUCGCCGCCAAGAGGCUGCUGCUGCGCUCCCGGGCGAAAGGCGGCGGCGCGGCGGCCGCAGCGGCCGGCGCCGUGUCGUCCUGCUUCGGCUCGCUCCGAGCGCCGUGCGGUUCGCCAGACACGGCGGCGGCAUCGGAGGCCGAGGCUGCCGCGGUGGAAGAGGAGGAUCAUCGGUUGGAGACGGAGGACGAGGAGGAAGAUGACGAUGAGGUGCUGGCCGAGGACGAGUGGGUGCAGUGCGGUGAGCUUCCUGACGUGGACGACAGGGCGGAAGAGUUCAUCAACAUGUUCUACGAGCAGCUCAGGGCGCAGAGCUUCGCCGCGGUUUUCCAGUGCUCGCCAUGACUCGAUCAUGGCGUGCAGAGAGUGGUCUUGAUCUUGCGAGAUCUUCGUUGUGUGGUUUAAAUUUGAAGGAGCCUUACUUCACUUCUCGAGAAUGUGUUUGUAUCUUUUUUAUGUACGAAGAGUGAGUGUGGGCGUGUGGCACAAUAUACGUUUCGUGUAUAGUCGUUGAGUUGCACUCGGCUGAACUGUGCUUCCGUCCGGUCCGUACGUCGUAUGAU